AUGGACUGGAUCGAAGUAAGUGACGAGCCUGUGAUAGACUGGACUGUGUUCACCACUCACUACACCAGACCCCUAUGUUUGCCCCGGGCGGUGGGCCUGGGAUGCGGGAGUGGGGGGCAGCGCAAGAGGAAAAGAACCAUCUUCAGCAAGUGGCAACUGGGAGAGUUGGAGGAGGCCUUCGUGGUGACUCCCUACCCGGGCAUCAGCCUGAGGGAGAGGCUGGCCGAGAUCACCGGAAUUGCCGAGGCCAAGAUCCAGGUUUGGUUCCAGAACCGCCGGGCGCGAUGCACUAGACAGGGCAGGAUGGUGAAGAGGUGCCCGCGGGGAUGGAGCCCCCCUGCAUCCCGCUCAGCCCAGGCUCCGUCAAAUAGCGGAGUGGGCAGAAGGUGUAUGUACUGUACGGCCGGUUUCUGCAGCACCCCGGCAGCGGGGCAUGGACCCCUAACGCAGUAUCACCAUGCUCCCCACUGCGUGCAGCAGGUCACCAGGGACAAGCCCUUGGCCUUUGGUUUCCCGGCUCGCACGGUUCCUGGAGAGAGAGACACACUCGGAUCUGGGAGUAAAGGGGCCAGGAUGACUCCCUGUAUGAAGCACAGUGACCAGGUCGUGCCACAUCUGGAACCACUGCCUGAGGACCAGGCCACACCUGAAGCACACACAUCCCUCCGCCACACCUCAUACCUCAUCUACAACGCCGCCAUCGUCACCAACGAGUAG